UGUCCCCAGAUCUCCAGGGCUCAGAGGAAAGAGAGAUCCUGAGAGGCAUCUGCACAGCAGGUGCUAGACAGGGGAGUGAGACCAUGGAGCAGAAUCCUCAGCAGGAAAAUGAUGAGGAAGUGGAACCACAUGGUGCAUUAUUGCAAAGAUGCAAACGGAGUGUGUCCAGAAGUUGUGAUCAGGGAAAAGCGGGUGAGAGUCAGCACAUUCCAGAGAGGUGGCAGGGAAACCAGCCAACACAGAAAGAUGGUCAAUCUGUUUAUUAUCAGGGAACUCAUAACGGUCUCAAGGAAACCACGGCCCAGCAGAGAAUCCCCAGGAGAGAGCGAAAGAACACGUGUGUUGAGUGUGGGAAAAAGUUCAGUAGGUGCUCACACCUUAUUAGACAUCAGAGAAUCCACACAGGGGAGCGACCCUAUGAAUGCUGUGAGUGUGGGAAAACCUUUGCUCGGAUCUCAACCCUUAAUAAUCAUCAGAGGAUCCACACAGGGGAGAAACCCUAUGGUUGCUGUAAGUGUGGGAAAACCUUCACUGAGCGCUCAAACCUUAUUCAACAUCAGAGGAUCCACACAGGGGAGAAACCCUAUGAAUGUCAGGAGUGUGGGAAAAGCUUCACGCUCAGCUCUCAUCUGAUUAGACAUCAGAGAAUCCACAAAGGGGACAGACCCCAUGAAUGCUGUAAGUGUGGAAAAACCUUCACUGAGCGCUCAAACCUUGUUCAACAUCAGAGGAUCCACGCAGGGGAGAAACCCUAUGAAUGUUGUGAGUGUGGGAAAACCUUCACGCGGUGCUCAACCCUUAUUAAACAUCAGAGAAUCCACAGAGGGGAACGGCCCUAUGAAUGCUGCCGGUGUGGGAAAACUUUCACUCGGCGCUCACACCUUAUUAGACAUCAGAGGAUCCACACAGGAGAGAGACCCUACGAAUGCUCCAAGUGUGGGAAAUUCUUCCGUCAGAGCUCAGCCCUUAUUUGUCAUCAGAGAAUCUGCAAGGGAGUUAAAGACCAUAAAAACAUUGUCUAGGGCUAAGAAAAGAUUUUGUUUUCCAUUUGCUAAUUCCCACGUACUGAACUUUAAAGAAGCAUUUGUGUCACUGUGGUCUCUCAACUCCCCUACCUGAGUUGUCUGCUUUUCCAGCUCACCUUUCCUUGGGAUGAAUCCCACACUCUUUUUCAUCAACUGCUUUGUGCUAUGUCAUGGAGGUGUGUGUCCCUCCAAUAGGAAUGUCCAUCAGCCCCAGGUGGGGGAACUAGAAGUGACUUCAACUAGGUACAUGGAGGUUAAAUUUACCUGGACCUUGACUCCACUAGGAUUUUCCAUGGAGUUAGCUAGCUUGAGUUCACUAUCCUGAUAUAAAAACUAGGGCUGUGAAGCAAUUAAAAAAAAUUAAUCGCACUUAAUCGUGCAAUUAAAAAAAAAUACGAUUAAUUGCAUUUUUAAUCACACUGUUAAGCAAUAAUAGAAUACCAUUUUAAAAAAUAUUUCGGAUGUUCAGCCAUCAUUCCAGACAAAUCCUGCAACCCCAAGUCAGCUGGCCUGGGCUAGCUACAUAUUUUAAUUGCAAUGUAUACAUAGCCUUAGUGUCAAAAUCACAGCUUUCCUAUCAGGGAAUCAUGCCCCAGUCUCUCCUGUGACAAGUGGGCAUAUCAUGAUACUCAUGUGGUAGGAACUUGCUGCUUCCCCUGCACAGGGACCUAGGAAAACAGCCCGGGCAGCGACUUGGCCAGAUGUGGUUACCAGGAGAUCCAACUAGGUGGGAGUUGUUCUGGGGCUCUGCAGGGGGAGGUUUAGCUGGGAGAAGGGGCAGAUUAAGAGAGUUUGUCACUGAUGUACAGGGGCGUUUGUCAGCGGGAGGCGUAACAGCUUGGGGUGACAGUGGGGUCUGAGCUGAGGCAGCAGCAGCAAGGAGGCAAGGGUCUUGUCACUUGGGAAAAAUGAAACUGCAAAACCUCUCCCUGUGCUGCAGCAAAAGCUUCUCAUUUAUCCUCUAAACCCUCUUCAUGUAAAUCUCCAUCCCGCCCUAGCACUCAGAAACCCAUUCACUCUCAUGCAAAUUUUUAAUUUUUCUUACUUUUCCUUGGCUUUGUACAAACAUUUUCCCCCAUCAAAAUGAUCAAGGACAUUUAAAAUGAGAAAAACAAAACCAAAGAAACCCCCACCAAUCUCCCAACUACACACUGCUUGGGUCUGAAUUUUUUUACUGAAAUUUUAAGGCAAUAAAACUCAGACCUCUGUUGGCCAGAAAACAAACAUCAUUCUCCCAUGCUGCACCUAAGGCCUUGUCUAGAGAGGUGUACACACUGCAAAGCCACUUUUGGCGAUGGAACUCCUCAGUUUUAGCGAUAUAAUAAAACCACUUCUAUGAGAGUUGUAAGGGUUUUUACGCAAAUGUUUUGUCACCAAAGUGCUAGUGUAGACACUGUGCUUGAUUUUAGUGUUGUGAUUGGGCUCUGGAAGGCAUCUCACAAUGCCUAUCCUGACCCCUCUAGUCAACAAGUUUCAACUUUGCUGCCCUGCAGCCAGGUAAAUACCUUCUGCCUCUCCCCCUUUAAAGGCCCAGGAAUUUUUAAAAUUCCCCUUCCUGUUUGCUCAGCAUGGAGCGCUCGCACCAUAUCCUCACAGCUGACUAUUGGGGCUCCACGCAGCAAACACUGUACUGCUUGGAGCACUGCAGAGCUGCUGGACCUGAUCAGCAUCCAGCAGUAUCAGUCUCUCGGACCCCGCUGCACCCAGCUGCCAGCCUGCAAAACCACUCCAAAUCCUCAAGUGGCCACUCAUGCGAGGCUUGGCUUAGCAGGCCAGGCAGUGGGUGUCCAACUCCUGCGAGCUUCCUCCAGUGGGUACCCAUAACCCUCAAAGUUGCAGGAGACACCCCCAGCCCUGGGGCAGACUUACCCAGAGUCGCUCAGACACACUGCACCUAGUUGCUGGCUCACAGAGCCACCCCAAAUCCUCCAGCAGCCACUCAGGUGAGGCCUGGCCUGGCCUGGCCGAUCUGGAUAGUGGAUGUGCAGCCUCCUCCAUGUGGGAUCCACAGCCCCAAAAAGUGCAGGAGGCACCCCCAGCCCUGGCAGGGGGACUCGUCCUGUGUCACUCCCCUCCCCCCCCCCACGCCUUGCCACUGGGAGCAGGCACCACCCCAGAAUCAGCUAUGGCCAUCCAGGCCAGGCCUGCCUGGGUUCUGCCCUCCUGUGGACAUCUGUGAUAGUACCACAGUACUACCGACCAUCAGGUCAACCUAUUUGCUAGACUUUGGUUGACCUGGUGGCCAAGUGGGGACUAAGAAAAAUUUUCCCCGGGGUCUCGACCCGAUGCCAGGCCUGACCUAGACCAACUGUCAGGGCCUGGCCCCUCACACCUAGCUAAGCCUGAUAGGUGCCUAGGACUGGGGAGUUGGGCUUUGACUCCCUACCCCUCCCUGGCUUUUUCUGCAGUGGGCCCAGACCAAGCCACCGGAAGGAGCCCUUCAACCCCACGAGAAUUGUGGGAUGGUUCUGCUGCUCCUCUGUACCUGGCCUGGGUGCUCCCUUCUCAGCUUGGGACACAAGCAUCUGACUGGUGGCAGGAUGUGGUCCAGGGACCCCUUUUCCCCCCGCCCCCAGCUGCUCCUCCUUUCUCCCCAGCCUCAGUGCUUUGUCCUCAGCCUUGGAGGCUGCCUCUCAGCAUUGGCAGCAUCAAUUUCAGGGACCCCCAGGUCCUGCUUCUCUUUCCUCGGCCUCAGUGCUUACUUCCCAGCCUUGGAGGCUGCCUCUCAGUGGUGAAAGCAUCCCUCCAAGGACCCUCCAGAGGCUGAUGAUAAAGCCUGCCCCCCGAGAAGCUGACUUUCCAGGGGACUACUAAGCCUCCCCCCUUGUAACCCGGGGGAUGACUAUUAAGCCUCCCCCUGCACUACCUGGAGGACUAUUAAGCCUCACCUGGACCUGCUCUGUCUUGACUAUUAAGCCCCCUCUGUGAUCCUCAUGAUCACUAAUGCACUGCCCUUGGAGUGGGGUGACACGUGGGCUAGAAACCAAACCGGCCACCACGUCGACCCAGUGUAUACUAUGGGUUGACCUGGUGGCAAGUUGGCAUGGCACACGAGCCACAGGUCAACCCAUAGGAUGCACAUGGGGGGGGGGCUUGACUUGGUGGCCCUUUGGCUAGUUGGCACACAGGCCACCAGGUCAACCUGGAGCCACGAGGAGGGGAGAGGAAAGGGGGUGGCAGGACCCUCCGCCGCCGAAGGCCACCCCGCCCUGCCCGCCACCCCUCGACCCCUCCGGGGUCUGGGCUUAAGUCCCUGCCAAUCACCAGGUCAACCAAAAGACCAGGGAAGAGUAUAAAAAAUAUUGCUCAGCCAUGCAGGAGUGAAAUCAGGAAGGCCAAAUCACACUUGGAGUUGCAGCUAUCCAGGGCCAACCAAUGCUCCAUGGCACUGCCAUAUUGUUAUGUUUAGGGGGGAUUUUAUUAAAUACAGAAAGUAGGAUUUAAGUGAUUCCAAGUAGUAACAGACAGAACAAAGUAAG